UUCUUCUUCUUCGGGAAGACACCAAAUGGCGGACGACGCCGGUGCAGCGGGAGGGCCCGGAGGACCCGGGGUCCCAGGACUAGGAGGCCGCAGUGGCUUCCACGGAGGAUUCGGCAGCGGUCUUAGGGGCCGCGGUCGUGGUCCGGGCCAUGGCCAUGGCCGUGGCCGAGCCCGCGGGGCUCGUGGAGGUAAAGCUGAAGACAAGGAGUGGAUCCCCGUCGCCAAGCUGGGCCACCUGGUUAAGGACAUGAAGAUCAAGUCCCUGGAGAUCUACCUGUUCUCCCUUCCCAUUAAGGAAUCCGAGAUCAUUGACUUUUUCCUGGGCGCAUCCCUAAAGGAUGAGGUUCUAAAGAUCAUGCCAGUGCAGAAGCAGACUCGGGCUGGCCAGCGGACCAGGUUCAAGGCUUUUGUCGCUAUUGGGGACUACAAUGGUCAUGUUGGUCUUGGUGUGAAGUGCUCCAAGGAAGUAGCCACUGCCAUCCGAGGGGCCAUCAUCUUGGCCAAGCUGUCCAUUGUCCCUGUGCAGAGAGGCUACUGGGGGAACAAGAUUGGCAAGCCCCACACUGUCCCGUGCAAAGUGACAGACCGCUGUGACUCUGUGUUGGUGCAUCUCAUCCCUGCCCCCAGGGGCACUGGCAUCGUCUCUGCUCCUGUGCCUAAGAAGUUACUGAUGAUGGCCGGUAUUGAUGACUACUACAUGUCAGCCAGGGGCUGCACUGCAACCCUGGGCAACUUUGCCAAGGCCACCUUUGAUGCCAUCUCCAAGACCUACAGCUACCUGACCCCCGACCUCUGGAAAGAGACUGUGUUCACCAAAUCUCCUUAUCAGGAAUUCACUGACCAUCUUGUGAAAACCCACACCAGAGUGUCUGUUCAGAGAACCCAGGCUCCAGCUGUGGCCACCACAUAAGGGUUUUUAUACAAGAAAAAUAAAGUGAAUUAAAUCUG